UUAGUUCUUUGCGAGUGGCCAACGCGUUCGGUCGUGGUGCGUGGUAGUCGGAUGAGUAGUGAAUAAACCCCGUGAAAACCGGAGUCAAAUCGAAGUUAUAGCAACAGCUGAAAGUCUCGAGAACAGGCGAAUGCAGCUGUAUUCCUUAUCUACACAUCCCGGUGUUUCAGUAUCUGUGUGCGCAUCCCGUGUUUGAUAGUCUUGCUGUGCCUUGUGCGUGCGUGUGUGUUUGUGCGUGUUGGCCAGUUGAUUUCGGGCCCGUCAAACUGGGAGCGACAACCUAAUCAAUCAGUCACUCAAUAUGGCCAGUAUUUCUAAGAGCCGCGCCAGCAGCUGCUCCUCCAGAAAGAGGCUGCAUCUGCAACCGGGAUCGCUGCUCUGCGUGAUCGUCUUCUGCCUGCUGGCUUCGUGCUCGGCUCAGCCAAUCGAGUCAACCUCAUUGCCUGCAGAAGUGGACGAUGUGGAGGGUACCACAAUACUUCCCAUCCAGUUGGAGGAGAGUUCACCAACACCAGAACCCAUUAUCAAGAAUGAAACAGCUACUGCUCUUCCUGUCGUGGAACUCAAAGUAGCUGAAUCUAAUCCUGUAGAUCCUGUUGAGGCUACGGAUAAUUUUGUAUCGGUUUACGGCGGAAAUCUGGAGCAGGAUAUAAAGAACGACGUGAACAGCGAAGUGGAAGAUGCGCCCUCUCCGGUGGAACCAAUCAUCGAGGAAGUUCAAAAAGUGGCAGAAGCUGAACUUGAAAAUCAUGAAAUUAAGCUUGCGGUCCAAAGUGCUCGGGAGCCCAAAUCCCUGGAUGCUGAAGAGGAGUCAAAGACAAUCGAUGAAGAUCGCUUGGAAAAUCAAGAUAAAGCGGAGACAGUAACGGAUAACAUUGCCGUUUCCAGUGAGCAGAUGGAGAGCCACAUCAGACCAUUACCCAACGUGACCAGUGACCUGGUUUCCGUGAUUCUCAACGAAGACAAAGCCAUCACUGAGCAACCGAUCACCAAAACGAACCUUCUGGCUUUGGAGCAGGAGCACGAGAAAUUCGAGGAAAUUGAUGAAAGUACUACAGUGCCAGUUUAUGAGGAGCCCAAGCACCAAGUCACCAAGAAACAAGGCGUUGAGGACCCAUCUACCGUUGAAAUUCCACCUGAGGUAUCUGACGAACAACACUUUGAUCCUUCCGAGGAACCCCAGACUGUUCGCGACGAACGUAAUCUUGAAGAGCACGACGACAACCAGAAUGAGAUAAAUGAGAACAUCAUUGAAGGGGAGGAGGCUCCAGCCAAAACGUCAACCACCGCAGGUCCCUUGGUCACCGUGGAACCCACUAAAUCGAUUACCGAGCCAAAUGAGGAGAUCGAGAAAAAGGCGGAAGCUGAGGCUAAGGCGGAAAUGGAGGAGCAAGUGGAGGUCAACACUCCUUCUGUAGACGCAACUGUGGUGGCAGCGGAUCCUGAUGAAGCACAAGAUGAAGUAAUCGUUGCUGAAACAACAGUAGAAGCUAUCACAGAAGCUGCCAAGAUUGUUGUGGAGGAGGAACCCAAGGAAGAUGUUUCAGUUCAACAGGAGCAUCUAAAGGAACAAAGAGUCCAGACAGUUUCCGAGUCCAACCGUCAAGCAAGUCCCACCGAGGAACCAAUCAAAGAAGUGAUCUUUCCAAAAGGUGAUGAUGAAUCCCCGGUAGAAGGGGAUAGCUCCGAAUCGGAUGAGAAACCAACUGAGAGAGCAAUAGUGGAUGACGACUCCUCGGAGGAGCAAAACGAGGACGUUGUGGAUGAGGGAAAGUCCUCUUCCGACGACAGCACCGCCACUCCGCUGGUCUCCUAUCCCCCACACGAUGCUGGCCAAACCUUCGAUAGCAACUCGGCUGACGAACACUCGGCCCAGCUGUCCGGAGCCACCAACUACCGGUCCACCCUGAUCAUAGCCCUGUGCUCCGGCACAGCAGUGAUCUUCAUCGUGGCCUCGCUGGUCAUCUUCGUGGUUUCCUUCCAACGGCAGCACGGCACCUUGGACAUUGAGAUGCAGGAACAGCGUUUGGGCAAGGAUAUUCAGGAAGAGGACAAUGUCCAGAUGAAGCUGCUCGAUGUGGAUCUCUCGUCGCCCGUCAUUCUGCCGAUGGGCAACGAGGAGACCGAUGAAUGCCUGUAGACUCUCUCAGCACGAUGAUGCCAACACCAUGGUGCCCUGUAAAUAUUUAUUAACUUUGAGAUUUCGAUAAAAAACUUCAGGCUGUUUCUUUGGCCGGAUGUUCAUUUUGGUUACUAAAUUGUUGACUGAGAGCAGCUGCAAGCUAAGCAAACGAAAACUCGAAUUGAAACGAAAGCAUUUGCCAUACUGUUUAAUUUUAAAUGCACUUUAGCCACUAAGAAUUUGCAAAAGUUCGACAAAAAUAUUUAUAUUUAGACUUUUAUAGAGUUAAGCUCUUUUUUAUUGUGUCUGAUGGAAAGUCAGAAUAAAUAAUUUCGAUUGGUC